GUUUGUAACAGAACAGGCUCUUUUUCAAUGGUCUCAUGUCCUCAGGGGUAACUGGUAACAUUGUGAGAGAGUUGGGGGAAAAUGGCAGAAAGCAGAGAGAAGAAAGAGAGUAGGAGACAAGUGUGGAGGUGGUCUUUGGGGGCUCCUCUCCUUGCUGUCUUAGUGGCGACUGCAAUCACCUCAAUCGCUUUUCCCGAAAUCUCGCUUUUUAACGGCAACACCAACGACAAUCGGAAGUUCUGCCACUGUGCUCAGGAUUCGCGGAAAUUCACUGGCAUUGUUGAGGACUGCUGUUGUCAUUAUGAGACAGUUAGUCUUAAUGAGGAAGUCUUGCAUCCUCAGCUCCAAGAACUUGUCACAAUGCCCUUCUUCCGAUAUUUUAAGGUUAAGCUGCGGUGUAACUGCCCUUUUUGGCCUGAUGAUGGUAUGUGCAAGCUGCGUGAUUGCAGUGUUUGUGAAUGUCCUGAAAGUGAAUUUCCAGAACCUUUUAAGAGCCCAUUUAAACGCACUCUUCAAUCUGACAAUUUAGCCUGUCAAGAGGGAAAGCCACAGGCUACAGUGGAUCGGACACUAGAUAGUAAAGCUUUCAGAGGUUGGAUAGAAACAGAUAAUCCAUGGACAAAUGAUGAUGAGACUGAUAAUGCUGAGAUGACAUAUGUAAAUCUCCAAUUGAACCCUGAAUGUUACACUGGCUAUGCUGGUCCGUCCGCCAGAAGAAUAUGGGAUGCUAUCUAUUCAGAAAAUUGUCCAAACCAUUCACAUGGAGAGACUCUCCAAGAGAAAAAUUUGUUGUACAAAUUAAUAUCCGGUCUUCACUCCUCAAUCUCAAUCCACAUAGCUGCUGAUUAUCUCCUUGAUGAAACUACCAACCUGAUGAGCUUCAGUGCAUGGCCUACUAAUCAAACAGGGGUUUUGAUCAAAUAUGCCCAUAAGUGGGGCCAAAAUCUUGGGCUGAUGCAUGAUCGAGUUUUGAGAUACCCUGAUCGAGUUAGAAACCUGUACUUCACUUUCCUUUUUGUUCUCCGUGCCAUGAGAAAAGCAUCAGCUUAUUUGGAGCAGGCUGAGUACAACACAGGUAACCAUGCAGAGGACCUAAAAACACAAUCCUUGAUGACGCAGCUCCUUUGCAAUCCCAAACUCCAAGCUGCAUGUCCACUUUCUUUUGAUGAAGCUAAGCUGUGGCAAGGCCAAAGUGGACCUGAACUGAAACAACAGUUUCAAAAGCAGUUCAAACACAUUAGUGCCUUGAUGGACUGUGUUGGAUGUGAGAAGUGCCGGCUUUGGGGAAAGCUUCAGAUUCUUGGUCUUGGCACUGCUUUAAAAAUCCUCUUCUCUGUUGAUGAUCAAAACCACACACCUCUGCAGUUGCAACGGAAUGAAGUGAUUGCUCUGGUAAAUCUGCUCAGCCGCCUCUCAGUAUCUUUCAAACUUGUCAAUGAAAUCAGGCCUUCAGCUGAGAAGUUAAUGGGAGGACAGAUUUCUGCAGCUCCAGUUCUAGAAAACAGGCCAUGGCAAAGAAUAUGGGAGUUCAUGGAUAGACUCCGGUUAAGGAAGUCACCAUUGUAAUGGCUCAUCUUCAAAAAUUCUCAUACUAUCCAACUGUAAAAGGCGAUGUAAAUGACAGGAGUAGGUGAAGAUGAAAACAAAGCACAGAAUUUCGGGUAUGCGAAUGCACACAUAUAUAGAGGUAAUAAUGAGGUUUGAUGUAAUGUGUAAGAUCCAUUUUUUAUGAGAUCAAAGGCAAUAUAGAUAAUGUGGAGAUCAUCAAAAUUGUUCCAAUGUUUUUCCCUUGUACUCAAUGAUAAUGCCAAAACCUUGGUGGGGUUUUGUCUUCUCUUGCUUCUCACUCUUUUGUCUUGUGAGUUCAAGUUUUUCUAUAGUAUCGAAAAGUGUAAA